GCCGCGGGAGGGUGAAGCAGGGCUUGGACCCGAUCGGCGGUGUCUGGCCGAUUCCCUAACUAGGAGCAUCAUGAUUUUCGAGGAGUCCAUGAAGCAGUGGGAGAGGAUGGUGGGCGGUGACGGGGGUAGUUUACUGUUGGAAGCCGGGUUCCCGGGACCCUGCACAGCGGGGCUCCGCGAGGCUGCACACUCGCGGGUCGGCGGCCGCGGCGGACAAGCCCGCACACGCCCGCCGGCUGCUGCAGUGCUGGCUGCGGGCAUCCGAGCGGUCCCUUCGCGGCCCCGGGAGAGGGAGCCGCUACCCUACUCGUGUUCCUCAAAGCAGAACACCACAGCCUUCCAACAGCCGAAAAGCUCCAUCUCUACCCCUCCCCAAACUAUCCUCCUAAUUGGCAGCUCAGCGCACGGGAUGAUGCGCGCGGCUGAGGGCGGCCCUGCAGUGCGAAGCCGCAGCCGCCCAGCCCGAGCCGGAGCGGAAGCAGGGGUGGUGGUGGUGGGGCCGGUACGGCUGGCUCCCGGGGCUCGGGGACCACGAGGCGGGGGCGCCCGGGGCUCCGCGGCGGCCACCGCCCCUCCUGCGGCUGGAGCGCUUCCAAAGCAGAGGAGCAGCGUCGCUCGCGUCUGCACUAGCUUGGAGGUCCUGCUGCUCCGGGUCCUCCUCCUUGGGCCCCUCCUUCUCCUCCCCUUGCCCUCCGCGGCUGCUCCCGCAGCCGGCUCCUCCUCUCCCUCCCUCCCCCUCUUCGCCCUUUCCGCGCCAACUUUCCCGAGCCCCGGCCGGCGGCGCACAGCUCCCCGGCAGCCUCGGGGCCGACUGCAGACCGAGGGCUGCGAGCGCGGCUGUGACCUGUGUAUCCUGUCCCCGCGCCCCUGGUGCGCUCGGCAGAGAACAGCACGAUGCCCGGGGCUGGGCACCGAGGCGCAGCCCGGGCGAGAUGGCUGGGCACUGGGCUUUUGGGUCUCUUCCUGGUCCCUGUGUCCCUGUCGCUGGAGGUAUCUGUGGGAAAGGCCGCUACCAUCUACGCUGUCAACGGCACGGAGAUCCUGCUGCCCUGCACCUUCACCAGCUGCUUUGGCUUCCAGAACCUGCGCUUCUGGUGGUCCUACAACAGCAGUGAUACAUUCAAGAUCCUCAUAGAUGGGAUCGUGAAGAAUGAGAAGUCAGACCCCAAGGUGAAGUUGAAAGAUGAUGACCGCAUCACUCUGGAGGGCUCUGUGAAGGAGAAAAUGAACAAUAUUUCCAUUCUGCUGAGGAACCUGGAGUUCAGCGACACGGGCAAAUACACCUGCCACGUGAAGAACCCCAAGGAGAAUUAUCUUCAGCACCAGGCCACCAUCUUCCUCCAAGUUGUUGAUAAACUGGAAGAAGUGGACAACACAGUGACACUCAUCAUCCUGGCUGUUGUGGGCGGGGUCAUUGGGUUCCUCAUCUUCAUCCUGCUGGUUAAGAAGUUCAUCGCCUUCAUUAUCAAGAAGACUCAGGAGAAGAAGAAGGAGUGCCUCGUGAGUUCGUCAGGGAACGAUAAUACAGAGAAUGGGUUACCUGGCUCCAAGGCGGAAGAGAAAGCACCAAAAAAAGUGUGAGCCCUGCUCGGGGCCAAGCAGCCGCUGGGAGCCUCGCUUUCUAACGAUGAAACUGAUGCCUGAGCCGUGUCCGUGAACCCACGUGCCUGAGACAUCUGCUGCUUGGCUCAAACUGUAGUCUUUCCGGGCGGGGAGAAACUGGGGUCCUGUCCAGCCUGCCCCACCCCCUUCCCCCCCAGGGCUCCCCAGGGACAAGGGCUGGCCAAGGGAGGGGCCCUGUGGAAGGUUCAGGAAAGGAAAGGAGGGGCUGGAGUGGUGUGGAGGGCCGGUCCCCCGACACCUGGGUGGAUGGUCUCCUUCAGUGUCCCAACCCUGGACAGGGAAUGCCUUGGUUUUCCUCCAGAUGUCUCUUUGUGAGAGACUUGGGGGGUUGGGGAGGGCUGCCCCAGUAGCUGGACCCUGAGUAUGGAGGACUAACCCUUCUACGGUGGGAGUGGCCAGAGGACUCUGUACGGGAUCCGAGGGUGGGAGGCUGCUGGAGGGUCCUACAGUGAGAGGCUUUGAUGGAUUCCUGCUGCCCCACGUCCUUCUAGUGAGGAACUCCCCUUUCCCCCCACCCCUGGGUGCCUGCCUGCCUGUCUUGGUUCUGCCCCCACCCCCAGACCCCAAGCUGCUCAGUCUCUGAACCCUCCCAGCUAGGGCUGCCACCCUGGUCUUGGGGGGUCCUAGCCCACCUAGUCUGCUCCUCUGAUCUCUGGGCCCUGAGGGCUCGUGCAGGGGUCCCUCAGGCCUUCCUAGAGCACUGGGGCGCCACCUACACCUUUCCUAGUAUUUCUCCUUGGGGGAUCAGAGCUGCAGAGGUGGGCCUCUUGGCCACGGAACGCUCACCCCAGCCCUGCCAGCGCUGGCUGCCCCUUCUCCUCGGCAUGGCAGGACCAUGGCCACUGCUGGGAGCUCGCCGCCAGCUCCACGCUGCUCCUCUUCCCCUGAAGCAGCAGGUGGCGCCAUCUUGCUUGAGGAGCUGCUCCUGUGCUCCUCCAGCUUCUCCCUGCCCAGGGCUGUUCAUCUCCAUCCCUGCGUCAAGGCUGGCCUGCACCUCGGGGACCCUGUUGCUUUGGAUGAGAGGGCCCUUGGGUUUUCUGUCUGCUUCCUGCUCAGCCGUGCCCCGCUCUCACCCCAGGGUUGGGGAGGUGCAGGGAGAGAGUGCCCAGGGUUUUCCUUUGCUUUUCCACGCACUGGUUUGCACACCCCUCGCGUGUGGGGCUAGACUGUGCCUUAGCUCCUGAGUCCUGGCUCAUGCGCUCCCUCUCCGCUUCAGCCCCUAGGGAACAGCCAGCUCUGGUGGGCCCUGGUGAGGGUCCCGCUGCCCUCACCCAGGGUCAGGCAGGGGACCAGGGAGCUGGAGUUGUGUCGUUAAUAGCCCGCAAGUGCUCCCGUGGGCCCCUUACAGGCCAUGUCAUGGUAUUGUCCCUGUGGGGUUGGGGAAGUGAGGGUGGCCGGGGCUGUGAUCAUGGAGGAAUCCGCCAUCUGCUCCCACCCCCUCGCUCUCUUGUUGAAUUCCUGACACUCUGUCCUCUGGGCCCCUGGGAGGGAUGAGAGGGGAGUAGCCCCCUUUUCCAAAGUGUGUGGGGACUGCCUGAGGACCCUCCCUGCCAAAAAGCAGCGGCGAGCGUCCCCAAGGGUGCAGGUUUGGGGAGGGGGAACAGGAGUGCCUGCAGGGCAGCCAUGGCUGUGACCUGUGACCCUUGCCCAGCCUGAGGAGCUUGCAGGGUCCCACUGAGAUCUGCCUCUGUCCCUUGCGGCCUCCUCCACCCAUCCUGGGCUCAGGUUCAGAUUUUCCUGGCUUUGGGAGCAGACAGACAAGAGCCACCAGUCACUCGGGAAACUUCGUAGGCUGCCUUCACGCAAAAGUGCUUGCUUCUCCUUUCCCAGCGUUAGCAUUUGGAAGGGCAGAGUGUCUUGUGCUCCUCUUACUCCCUUGAGAGGAAGCCAAGGCGUACAGAGUGGGGGAGAGGAAGAGCAUCAUAGGCGGGUCAUGCACGUUCUCUGGGCUCAGCUUUCCCUAUCUAUAAAAUGGGUGUAAUAAUACCUACCUCGCAGGACUGUUGUGAGGCUCGGCAGGUUUUGGUUUAAAAAUCGUUUUUGGCUUGGACGGGAUCUAGCAGUCCAGGUGUCAUAAUUGGAGGGAUUGUUCCAAUCUGUCCUGUCCUCAUCUCUGUGUCCCAUCCCCAUAGUUCACACACACACACGCACACGCACACACACACGUACACACACUCUCUCUCUUCUCUGUCUCUCUCUUCCCACCCCUCCCCCUUGGAAUUAUUUUAGUCUUUGUAAUGUUAGAACCCUGGCUCUGAUGCUUAAAGUUUCCUGUGCAUGGCUUUUGUUUGGUGGUUUUCAGUAGAGGUGAUUGGGGCUGUAGCGGGGACACUUUUGGCUGCCCCAGUGCCUGAGGGCUCUACUGACAUUUAGUGAAGGUGGGGGCUGAGGAUGCUAAACUUAGUCCCCACCACAAACACUGUCCUGCGCCAAGGCCGGGGUUAUAGCCAUGGAGAAACCCUGGCAUGAAUUUGCCGUAGAAGAUGUGUGGGCAAAGCCAUCUUCCCAGGCAGACCCUCAGCAAGUGCAGGUCUCCAGGGGCUGGUGAGGGUGUUUUCAGGGCCUGUGGGCUAGAGAGAGCCAUUCACAAAGUUGAACUUGGGAGCCCUGGACACACGCAUCUAUGCUGACAGUAAGGUCAGGAGACCGUAGACAAGCGUUUCCCAGCUCCCCGUCCUUGACCCCGCAUAGGACCCGAGCAUUCCAGGCCUUGGGAUUCUCCUGGUGCAGGAAUUGAGCAGAAGGCAGCCAGAAGGAACCUGGGGUGCUGGAGAGGUCUGGGAGAGGGGCCGGUAGAGCUCAGGGAGGGGGUGAGAGCGAGCUCCUGAGAUGGGGGCAGCUGAGGGUGCGCCUGGGUGGCGUGCGUGUGUGGAAAUGCAUGACUGUGGGGUGGGUGGGCCAUGCAUGGACGUCGGGGUGUAUGGAGGUGUGUGUAAAGGCUGAGUGUGCCUGAGAUGGGGGAGGUUCUGCACGUUUCAGGAGCCAUCUUCCCUGGCCAGAGCUAUAUCCGUUGGGGCACCUGGAGGCUGAGAAAGGAUAGGAGACAGAGGGGGAGAUCAGCCGCGCUCCUGGGCUCCAUAACGCCGUGACUCUGUCUCAUUGUCACAGACAGAUGCCAUCAGAGUGCUGGGGGGAGGGAGUGCCAGGAGGGGGCUCUUCUCUGGGGAAAAUCCUACAGCUUCACUUUACUUUGUCCCAGGUGGGAGUCCUUACCCUCCCACCCGAUACACAGUGCUUUUGACUAUCUUAUGCAUGGUUUAUUCCUCUGCCUUGGAUGACAAUACUCAUAGUCAAUUUCCUAUGUAACUAUAGAUCGAAACAAUGCAGCACAAACGGGCCUUGGGGGGCCUCAGAUCUGCAGGUGCCUCCUGGGAGGCGCAGAUGUGCACACACCCAGCACUGACUUGUGUUCAAGCACAGAAUGAAUGUGAUCAGACUGUCUUGCCUUGACAACAUGUUUUGCAUUGUAGAGUUUUAUCUAGCUUUGCCUUGGAUGAAAUAAAAAUUAUGUUUAAUAGAAA